GAAUAUGGCGGACAAAAAUAACAGAGCGCUAAAAGAUUAUUUUCGUUACUGAAGAUAUUUUUAAAUUGUCUAUCGUGUACAAUUCUCAUGUGUGAAACUAAAUAAGUUAUUACUACCUGUGUAGAAUAGUCUUUCACAUUUGGCGUUAUGUCCUCGAUCAAAGUUAAUUUCGAGAUAUCUCACGAGGCUACAAGGAGAUCGAAGGACACUCCAGAGGGUUUCACUCAUGACUGGGAAGUAGUGGUGCGCGGGCAAGAGGGUGCUGAUAUCAGUCACUUUGUGGAUAAAGUGGUCUUCAACCUUCACAACAGUUUCCCCAAGCCGCGACGAGUUGUCAAGGAGCCACCUUUUUCAGUAAAGGAAUCAGGCUAUGCGGGGUUCAGUUUCCCUAUUGAAAUACAUUUAAAAAAUAAAAAUGAACCAAAGAAAAUACAGUUUCAUUAUAAUUUGACUUUUCAACCGUGCGGCUCACUGAGGGACAGAUAUAUUUUUCAAAAUCCUAAUGAUGAGUUUAGAAGAAAACUUUUGAAAGGUGGAGGGAUAAUUGUUAACAAUGACUCAUUUUAUACAAACCCUGACCAAGAAAGUAGAAGUAGAGACUCAUUUACUAAUGAAAAACCACAACUUGUAAGUAAACCAAAAUUGUCAUCUGAAAAUAUAAAGAAACAUAAAACCAAAGAGAAAAUUAAAGAUGAAGUACCACACAAAACAAACAGUUUUGAAAACUUAUUUGGAGCUCCCAUCCAAAAACCUCCUAAAGUAUCCCCAGAUCCUAAACGAAUUGAAAAGAGUGUUAUCAAAACUGAAAAGAAAGAAAAAGACAGGAGUUCAGAGAAAAAGUCUAAACAUGAACAUAAAGAAAUAAAAACAGAAAAAAUCAAAGUCAAAGAAGAAAGGGAGAAACAAAAAUCAGAAAAAGUAAAAAGUAUUAGUAAAGAUUCUGAAAAGGUAAAGGAAAAAUCAAACAAGAGGCCAAGUGAAAGACCACCAUCCCCUGAUUUAAUUAAAAAAAAGUGUGUGAGUCCUGUCAGGAAACCUCCUAGUCCUGUACAAAUGUCCAAUGCCUCCAUUAAAGAAGAGUACAGAUCAUCAUCAAAGAAUAAUGUAGAAAGUUUUGAUCAAAAGAAAGUAAAGGUUGAAGACAGACCUACAGAAGUAAAAGUUGAAAAAGAAAAGAAAAAGAAAGAUAAGAAAAGCCAUGACCGUGAUAAGGACAGAAAAGAUAAAAAAGAGCAUAAAAAAGAAAGUCAUAAAAAUAAGGAGUCACCAAAAGAUGCAAGUAAAAUUGUUAAUACUUCAAAAGACAGCAUUAAAGAGAGGGAACCCAUUAAGGACUCUCAACCUAAAGAAAAACCACCUAAACCUGAUAAGCCUGUCAAUAAAUUUUCAAUAGAAAACUUAAAGAAGACACCACCAUCAGCUAAUGAGGAGCGACUAGAGAGUCAUAAAGUAAAAGAGAAAACUGAAUCAGAAAGAAAACACAAACAUAAGAAAAAAGAUAAAAAACGAGAUGAGUCAAGAGAGAAACAUAAAGAAUCUAGCAAAGAAAAGAAGCGUAAACACGACAAAGUACGUGAAGUACCUCAGGAUAAGCCAGAACAUAUAGAGCUGAGAGAUACUCCAGUGCCUAAAGAGCAUUUAAUAACAGAAACUGCAUCACCCAUUUCAGUAGAUUCUGCAUCACAAUCAAGUGAAUCUAAGAGUGGUCUAACAAAACCCUCAAUUAAAGUGGAAGACAACAGCAGCCACUCAGAAUCUGAAGAUUCCGUAAUUGCUGAUGAUGAAGAUGUUAAAGUUAAAGUGGAGACACAUUCACCAGAACCUGUCAAAAGAGAGCCAACUCCAGAGCCUGAACCUGAACCAGAGCCCGAACCGGAGCCAGAACUGGAGAUAGAGCCUGUUCCCGAGCCCCCACCUGUACAACAGAAAGAGAAAUCUAAAAAACAUAAGGAUAAAUCAAAACGCGAAGAAAAACGUCGAAAGAGAAAGGCCGCAGAAGAAGAAGAUGCCGAAAACCGCAAAAUCGCUAAAGCUGCAGAUCCCGGGCCUACCAAUCACGAUAACGAGCAUGGCGAAAGCAGUGGCUCUAUUUCUAUAGAAACUAAAGUCCAAGACAACGGAGUCUCGAGUAGCCUAGGCGAGGACGGCGAAUCCGGCGAUUUGUCCCCUGAUUACAUGGUACAACUCAGGGGCUUGCAACAACGCAUAAUGAUGAUAAAAAAUAAUGAAGAUUUGGAGAGAGUCGUUAAUCUUAUUGCUGAAACCGGCCGGUAUGAGGUGACCACGCAGACUUUCGAUUUUGAUUUGUGUUUGUUGGAUCGGUCCACUGUGCAGCAAUUGAUUCAACUUGUCGGUUGCUAGCUAACACCCAUGUGUAUAAAUAUAAAUGUAAAUAAUGGUUUUGUUUUAUGAAACUCACUAACUGCACAUUAUAUUAUUUUGUAUUUAAUUUAAUCAAAUUUAUACCUUUAUCCUACAGUUUGCUACUGAAUGCAAUAAGAAAAUAAUAAUCAAAGUAAAACAUA